UCGUAAGCCAAAACUUGAAGACAUCCUUUUAGUAUUCGUGGGUCAUUGACCGAUUCUCAACCAGCCACUUUGUUUUCUAGCUUCGUUUCUACUAGUUAGAGAUACCCAUUUAGAAUUCCAAUAAGCUGAAACUCGUAUCUUCCGGAUUAGAGAUGAGAGAAUCAGAAAGGGAAGAACUUGAAGUGCCAUUGUUGAGAUUGAAGAAUGGAUUCCAUGAGAAUUGCCCUGGUUGUAAAGUUGAGCAGGACAAAGAGAUGCAAACGGGUUUUCCAAUUAAAGGGUUUUUUACGAUAUGGAUGGUGGUUCUUUGCACAGCUCUCCCGAUUUCAUCUCUUUUUCCAUUUCUUUACUUUAUGAUAAGGGACUUUCAUAUUGCUGAAAAAGAAGAAGAUAUUGGUUAUUAUGCGGGUUAUGUAGGUUGUUCGUUUAUGCUUGGGAGAGCUCUCACAUCAGUCUUUUGGGGAGUAAUAGCUGAUCGAUAUGGACGAAAACCAGUCAUAAUUAUCGGCACUAUCACAGUGGUUAUUUUCAACACUCUUUUUGGUCUAAGUGUUAACUUUUGGAUGGCUGUCAUUACAAGAUUUCUACUUGGCAGCUUAAAUGGUUUACUUGGGCCAAUAAAGGCAUAUGCUGUUGAAAUUUUCAGUGAAGAAUAUCAAGCUUUGGGUGUUUCAACUGUUUCAACUGCAUGGGGAAUAGGAUUAAUCAUUGGUCCUGCAUUGGGAGGCUUUCUUGCUCAGCCCGCAGAGAAAUAUCCAACUAUCAUUUCUAAAGAUUCUUUAUUUGGGAGGUUUCCUUACUUUUUGCCCUGCCUUUGUAUAUCGGUUUUUGCACUUGUCGUGACUAUUCUGGCAUUUUGGAUACCGGAAACAUUGCACAAUCACAAUACAGGUGGUAAAAAACUUCAUGAUUCAUUUGAAGCACUUGAAGCUAUGCCAUCUUCUCCCACACUAAGGUCAUUAAAAGAAAUGGAAGACUUUGAACCUAAAUCUGAAAGUCUCUUCAGGAAUUGGCCUUUAAUGUCUGCAAUCAUUGUCUACUGUAUCUUCUCACUUCAUGAUAUGGCCUACACAGAGAUCUUCUCUCUUUGGGCAGUAAGCUCCAGGAAAUAUGGAGGCUUGAGCUAUUCAACAGAAGAUGUGGGAGAAGUUCUUGCUAUCACAGGUUUUGGCCUUCUGAUUUUUCAACUCUCCUUCUAUCCAUUUUUUGUGAGGAAGUUUGGACCGAUCAAGAUAGCUCGCAUUUUUGGUGCCUUGUCCAUUCCUUUAUUGCAACUUUAUCCAUAUUUGACCUUCCUCUCUGGAAUCAUGCUUCCCCUGUUGGUAAACUGCGCAUCUGUUUUAAAGAAUUCUUUAUCUGUGUCCAUUAUAACCGGCUUGUUCGUGUUGCAAAAUAAAGCUGUGGCUCAAAACCAAAGAGGAGCUGCAAAUGGCAUCGCAAUGACAGCAAUGUCCCUCUUUAAAGCUGCAGGUCCAGCCGGUGGAGGAGCACUAUUCUCAUGGGCACAAAAGCGUCAAGAUGCAAAUUUUUUUCCAGGUGAUCAAAUGGUAUUCUUUGUGCUUAAUAUAAUUGAGCUGAUUGGAGUGCUAAUGACUUUUUGUUUAGUCCUGAAGAAUUGAAGAUUUGUGUAUUAAAACAUUUUGUUUGUUGUAAGCUUUAUUGUGUCAAAAACUUAAGUCAAUUAAAAAGAAAUUGUAAAAU